AUGUCAGAUCGUGAGUGCAGACAACCGCAUUCUGCAGGACUCGCUCAAAGCCAAGGUGAGCACUGCCAGCGCCACUGCCCCCAAUUCACCUGCUCAGUUCUCCUCUUCCCAGAAGCAGCUUGCACCAUGCUUCUCGUCGCUUCCCCACCCGCACACUCUGACUCUCCCACACGUCACAUCCCCAACCACUCCUCAAUCCCUCCCGCCCGUCCCCCCUCGCGCCCCCUCCCCUCCCCGUGCGCCAUCCAUCAGACCCGGCAGGUGCAGCAGCUGAUGGAGGAGGCGAACAUGCUGCGCGUGGAGCUCACGCGCGCCAUCACCUCUCGCCACGGCGCCACCAGGGGGCAGGGGGAGGGGAACGGCGAGGGUGACGGGCAGGCGGACGCAGCAGGGCAGGGCGAGGGUGGCACGGGGGCAGGGUCCGGGGGCGGUGAGGCGGGAGGGGGUGGCGGGGAGGGCAUGGUGGUGGUGGCGGCGGGGGAGCUGGAGGAGCUGCGGUCGCAGGUGAGGCUGGCGAGGCAGGAGGCGGACAUGCUGCGGCAGCAGCAGCACCAGCUCACCAAGGACCUCGCAGGGGCGCGCUCCCUUGCGCUCACCGCCUCCUGCUCUGCCCCUGCUGCCAGUGCUGGCGCUGCUGGUGGGGCUGAUGGGUCUGGUGCCGCAGCAGGGGCGCCGUCCCUGGCGUCGUUUUUGGACGGCGCGUACAUGAAUGGGCCGGAUGGGCGGGCGGAUGUGAGUGGGUUGCUGCAGCAGGUGGAGGUGGCGACGGCGCGGGAGGCGCAGUGGCAGGAGCAGCGGCAGCAGCACCAGCUCGUGGAGGCUGAGCUGGCAGCGGCUAGUGCUGAGCUGGCAGCGUAUCGAACUGCUGCUGCUGCAGAGGCAGGAGGAGUGGAGAGUGGGGAGGGCGGAGAUGGUGGGGAGGGCGGAGAGAGCGCAGGAGGUGGCUCAGGAGAGGGCAUGAGGAAGCAGGGGGCGGUGGGAGCGGUGGCGGCAGUGGCAGCGCGGCUGGAAGCAGAGAAGGACGCUAUGCUGGCGGUGCGAGAGAGGGAGGUGGGCGAGCUGCAGCAGAGCCUGGCAGCAGCGCAGCAGAGGGAAGCGGCUCUGGAGAGGGACCUGAGCACCAUGUGGGUGCUCGUGGCUGAGUUAAGGCACGUGGGGGGGGGCAGCCGCUCCUCGUCUGUCAAAGAGAGUGAGGGCAGUGGCAGGGAGGGGGGUGGGUACACGGCGGGGCGAGGGGGGUUGCUGGAUGCGGAGGAGAUGGCGGAGCUGGCGGGCAGCAUUGGGGGCAGCGGGCGGUGGCUGGGGGAGCUGCGGAAAGGGGAGAGCAUGCGCAGCGAGGGGGUGGGCAGUGAGGGCGGGGUGAGCCUGUCGGAGAGGGCAAUGGAGCUGAUCAGGGCGGGGUCGGCGGGGGGGUUGGGGGCGCGUGGAGGGAGGGGACGGGUGGGGAGGUGGAGGUGCGUGUGCAGAUGGCGGUGGAGCGAGAGACGUGUGUGCUUAGGGAGGAACUCGCGCGGAGGAAGGUGA